AUGCAAGAAAUAAUAGCGUGCAGUCCUACAAUUCCACUUCAAUCCUACCACCGCCGUCCAAAUCGGAAUGCAGCCACCACUUUUUUCACCAGUAGACACCUCCUUUGUCUGGGCCGCCGCAAACUCUGCUUCGACGUUGUUUCUCUUCUUGACACUCUCUCUCCUAUUCCAAGGGCUGAUGAUAAAGAUGCUAUUACCAGCUUUUGUACAGAAGAUUUCGGGCUUCUACGAGAAAACUUUCUUAUGACAACGCGUCGUUUGUUGUUCACCAGUUUGUUAAUGUGCUCGUGUUGUUAUCUUCUUCCUUCAAGGUGCUUUCCAGCAUAUGCUUUGGGGGAUCCAUCUGUGACAGUUGAACAAGUUACUCCUCCAGUUUUUCCUUCCGGGGCACUUUUCCCUACCGAGGAAAGAAUUGUCCAACUCUUUGAGAAGAAUACUUAUUCUGUUGUCAACAUAUUUGAUGUAACUUUGAGGCCUCAACUUAACAUCACUGGUGCAGUUGAGGUUCCUGAAGGAAAUGGUUCAGGGGUUGUCUGGGAUGAUCAAGGUCAUAUUGUGACAAACUAUCAUGUCAUCGGUAAUUCUCUUUCAAGAAAUCCAAGCCGUGGGCAAGUUGUUGCUCGAGUUAAUAUUCUUGCUUCAGAAGGAGUGCAAAAGAACUUUGAGGCUAAGUUGAUCGGUGCAGAUCGUACCAAGGAUCUUGCUGUCUUGAAGGUCGAAGCCCCUGAAGAACUACUGAGGCCAAUUAAGGUGGGUCUGUCAUCUUUUCUGAAAGUGGGACAGCAAUGCUUAGCGAUUGGAAAUCCAUUUGGUUUUGAUCACACACUCACUGUUGGGAUCAUUAGUGGAUUGAAUCGAGACAUAAAUAGUCAAACUGGAGUCACAAUAGGUGGAGGAAUUCAAACAGAUGCUGCCAUCAAUCCUGGAAACAGUGGAGGUCCAUUAUUGGAUUCCAAGGGAAAUUUGAUUGGAAUAAACACUGCAAUAUUUACUCAGACGGGAACAUCAGCAGGAGUCGGGUUUGCAAUCCCUUCAUCAACCGUGGUAAAGAUAGUUCCCCAGCUGAUGCAGUUUGGAAAAGCUGUUCGAGCAGCUUUAAAUGUUGAAAUUGCUCCAGACCCCAUUGCAAAUCAACUCAAUGUUCGAAAUGGAGCUCUCAUCUUGCAGGUCCCUGGGAAUAGUCUAGCUGCCAAGGCCGGGCUUCUUCCAACUACAAGGGGCUUCGCUGGCAACAUUGUACUCGGGGAUAUUAUUGUGGCAGUGGAUGGCAAACCUGUAAGGAGUAGAUCAGAACUUAAUAAAACACUGGAUGAGUACAACAUUGGGGAAAAAGUGAUCCUAAAAAUCCAGAGGGGCGUUGAAAACUUGGAGGUCCCAAUAGUUUUAGAGGAAAGAUAG